AGUCAGCUGACGCUAACCAGCCGGACUGGGGACGCUUUUCCUGUGGCAGAGACGGAUCUGACGGUCGGACAGGAUGCCUUUCUCCGAGCUGUAUUUUAACGUCGAUAACGGCUACCUGGAAGGGCUGGUCAGAGGCUUUAAAGCAGGAAUAUUGUCCCAGGCGGAUUAUUUAAACCUCGUUCAGUGUGAGACUCUGGAAGACCUGAAGCUCCACCUGCAGAGCACUGACUAUGGCAGCUUCCUGGCAAACGAGGCUUCUCCUCUCACAGUGUCUGUCAUCGACGACAAGCUGAAGGAGAAGAUGGUGGUGGAGUUUCGUCACAUGAGGAACCAGUCGUAUGAACCACUGGCCAGCUUUAUGGAUUUCAUCACGUACAGCUAUAUGAUUGAUAACGUCAUCCUGCUGAUCACCGGGACUCUGCACCAGCGGGCCAUUUCUGAGCUGGUGCCCAAGUGUCAUCCGCUGGGCAGCUUCGAGCAGAUGGAGGCAGUGAACAUCGCACAGACCCCAGCUGAACUCUACAACGCCAUCCUGGUGGACACACCUUUGGCUGCAUUCUUCCAGGAUUGUAUAUCUGAGCAGGACUUGGAUGAGAUGAACAUUGAAAUAAUUCGUAACACACUUUACAAGGCUUAUCUGGAGGCCUUCUAUAAGUUCUGCUCCAACUUGGGAGGAACAACGGCUGACACCAUGUGUCCCAUCCUGGAGUUUGAAGCUGACAGGAGAGCCUUCAUCAUCACCAUCAACUCAUUUGGCACAGAGCUGUCCAAAGAGGACCGCGCCAAGCUCUUCCCACAUUGCGGCAAGCUUUACCCAGAAGGCCUUGCACAGCUGGCCCGAGCAGAUGAUUACGAGCAGGUCAAGGCUGUCGCAGAUUUCUAUCCCGAAUACAAGCUGCUGUUUGAAGGCGCUGGAAGCAACCCAGGAGAUAAAACACUGGAGGAUCGUUUCUUUGAGCAUGAGGUGAAGCUGAACAAGUUGGCCUUUCUCAACCAGUUCCACUUCAGCGUCUUCUACGCCUACGUCAAGCUGAAGGAGCAGGAGUGCAGGAACAUCGUCUGGAUCGCUGAGUGCAUUGCCCAGCGGCACCGCGCCAAAAUCGACAACUACAUUCCCAUCUUUUGAGCUUCCCGGUCCCUUCAUUAUCCCUUCAUCAUUUCAUUCAGUCUUCGUCUCCAGUCCCAGCGCGAUGGUUUAAUGUUAGAUUUCCUCCAUUCUUCACAUGUAGGCAGUAACUAGCUCCAUGGAAUUUCAUGUUGGGGAUCCAGUUGGGAUUAUUACUGUUUGCAAAGUAAAAACAUGAAAUUGAACUGGAUACAGCUUUUAAAUGAAGAAGAAUCACAGUUGAAGUUAUUGUUUAAACUUUCUGAAGCUCAGAGUAUUUUGUAGACACUCCCCAUCCUCCUGACAUCAGCUGGGAAAAUAAACUAAAGAAAAAUUAGCUAUUCAUUAAACCUGUUAACUGACCUGACGGCCACCAGGACAGAAAAACCUUCCAUUUCUUUUUCUUGUGUCCAUGUUCAUCCCCCAGCUCAUGUUUCAGAUUCAUCUGCAAAGAAUUAUAUCCAGUAAUGAAACGUAAUCCCCUGAAUCCAAACUUCCAAAGUGGACAAGACGUGAAACCAUUCCUCCAUCAGCUCCUUUAGACCUGGAUUUGUUUCUGUUUUAGUGGUAGCUGUUGUCAGCAUGUCUGGUAAUUACUGUUUUUCUCCCAAAACACACAAGUAACACGUGUGAGCCUCCUGAUAUGUUGUUUCACUAGAUGGUUGUUAAAUAUUGAACAUAGAAGAGCUGAGCAGAAACGUCCAGUUUUAACUGUCCCUGCUCCUGUGUGGCGUCUCUGUACAUGAACUUACUGGAAUGAGUUGGAAUCUAGUGGGUAUAUGAAAGACUUAAUGUUUAAACUAUAUAAAGAUAUAUAGAUAUUUAAAGAUGACUAUAUCAUUUUGUUUUCUCAUGCUGUAAAAAUUGAUUUAUUAUUGAUCUGUUGUGAAAUGUGUAUUGUUGAUGUAUCGAUUAAAAGAUUAAAUUACUCUGAUGCAGGUCUGAA